GUAAAAGGCAGCUUCCUGUAGUUGUUAGUGCUAUUGUGUAUCCCAGCAGUUAUACUUGUACAGAGCAAGCUGCUACUGUCUCAACACUCAAUACGGUGGUUUCAUCAAUCUAACUGAGUGGAAGUUCAGAAUAAACUUAUCGUGUCCUGAAAAUUGCUGAGUGAAUAAAUCAAGGAGGAUCACAUGAAUGACCAGCAGCAUCACUCAUUGAUGUGGUCUUAGUGUUACAGAAUAUCACUGACCUUGAACAAGAUGAAGAAGAAGCUGCCUGAGCAGAUCCUGAAUCACAUCCUGGAGAUUCUCUACCUGCUGACAGGAGAGCGUGUGACUAACUCACUGACAGCGAGUCACAUGACCGGGGACAAGACGACAACAGAGAGGAUACUGACCCACACCCUGCAGAUCAUGUACCUGCUGACAGGGGAGGUGCCUAUAAAGUGUGAUGAUGUUGCUGUGUAUUUCUCUAUGGAGGAGUGGGAGUAUAUAGAGGGACACAAGGAGCUUUACAAGGACGUCAUGAUGGAGACUCACCAAGCACUAAGGACUAUGGAGAUCCCAGGAAAUGAGAGCUCAGAACUAACAGGUGACGGUGAUGAAAAUCUAGUCACAGGAGCACAAGGAGAACUGGUACAGAAUAUUCAGCCAUCAGAUGUAUCUGCAGGUAAAAAAUAUGCAAAGAUUUCAUGUAAGAGGGGACAAUCAGAAAAUCAGUGGCUAACAAAUAUCACAGAAGCUGCACAGCAGGAAAUACUUAAUAGUAGUGCAGGUGAUGUUAAGACUGAAGUCACACUCAAUGCUGAACAGACUAAUGUUUUGAAUCUCAAUAGUCAACUGGAAGCUGUGAAGCAGGAAAUCGGUGACAAUAACAGUGCUGGUGAUGUUAAGACUGAAGUCACACUCAAUGCUGAACAGACUAAUGUUUUGAAUCUCAAUAGUCAGCUGGAAGCUGUGAAGCAGGAAAUCAUUGACAAUAACAGUGCUGGUGAAUUCAUAAACUGCAGUAAUCCUAGUCAUGGUCAGACUACAAAUGCUUCUUGCACUCUUCUCCAAAUUAAAAAAACAGGAGAAAAUAAAUCAGGUCUUAUUGAUCAUCAGAAAAUUCACAGAAGAUUAAAAGUAUUUUCAUGUCCUGACUGUGGGAAAUGUUUUACUUGGAAAUCAGAUCUUAUUAAGCAUCACAAAAUUCACACAGGAGAAAAAGCAUUUUCAUGUCCUGACUGUGGGAAAUGUUUUACUCGGAAAUCAGAUCUUAUUAAGCAUCAUAAAAUUCACACAGGAGAAAAAGCAUUUUCAUGUCUUGACUGUGGGAAAUGUUUUACUCAGUCAUCACAUCUUAUUAUGCAUCACAAAAUUCAUACAGGAGAAAAAGAAUUUUCAUGUUCUGACUGUGGGAAAUGUUUUUCUCGGAAAUCCGUUCUUAUUAUCCAUCAAAAAAUUCACACAGGAUUAAAAGCAUUUUCAUGUUCUGAAUGUGGGAAAUCUUUUACUCAGAAAUCAGUUCUUAUUAGGCAUAAAAAAAUUCAUACAGGAUUAAAAGCAUUUUCUUGUUCUGACUGUGGGAAAUGUUUUACUCAGAAAUCAAGUCUUAUUGAUCAUCAGAAAAUUCAUGCAGGAGAAAAAAGCAUUUUCAUGUUUUGACAGUGGAAGAUAUUUUACUUCAAAAUCAGAUCUUAUUACACAUCACACAAUUUACACAGGAGAAAAAGCGUUUUCGUGUUUUGACAGAUUAUUUAAAAAAAAUGUUUAUUUAUGAUCAUGUUACAGCAAAAAGAAUAGGCAAGUCAAUAGUACAUAUUAAAGACCAAUACAUGGUUAGAAAGAAAAACAACAUUCAUAUACAGAUAAAGUAAAUAGAUAAUAUCAACCAGUAUUUUGUUGGUAAAAAGAAAGUUCAUGGACAAAAAAUAUAUAUAUAAAUAUGUAUGUUAUCUUACCUAAAAGAUAUAGACACAAUUUUGUAACCUUUUUAUAUUUGAACUUCCCCCCCCCCCAACAAAAAAAACUGGUUCUUUAGUUGUCAGAAACCCAAUGAAAUUCUCCUCUUAGAAUGGAACCCUGCACAUAGCUGGAGUUGAAGAAAGGUGUUACAACCU